AUGACUUGGCACCAUGUUCCAAUAAGCUUAAAUCCGGCGGAUGUCGUAUCGCGAGGCUGUACCCCGAGAGAAUUGCUGGAGCACUCCCUGUGGGCUAACGGGCCUCCAUUCCUGCAUCAAAGCUCGUCGAAAUGGCCCUCUCUUCCAAAUGCAGUUAAGGAUCUUCCAGAACGUCAUUCCGCAGCGCUAGUUGGAACUGUUUGCACUGACAUUUCGAUCAACUGCAAAUUCCCUAACUCUUUUCAUAAGUUGCAGCGUGUAUUUGCGUACAUUUAUCGGUUCAUUUCGAAUUGCAGAGCAAAAUCUUCACCUUCAAGGAACCGUGUUACCAUUGAGGAGCUCUAUUUGGGGACCGUACUUCUUCUGAGGAGCAUCCAACAGGUUCACUUAGCCAAGGAGUAUGGAUGUCUUAGCAAGGACAGGCCGUGUCCACAGAAGAGCAAGAUGAUUUCGCUGAGACCAAUAAUCGGCUCCGAUGGAUUACUUCGCGUUGGUGGAAGACUUCAGAAUGCAAACCUGGACUUCGAUACUCAGCAUCCGAUAUUGUUACCCAAGGAUCAUCCAGUUACCAAGGCAAUCAUCGUAUAUUUUCAUAUAAAAUACUUGCACGCAGGAUCGCAAGCGUUACUUGCCACAUUAAGGCAAAAAUAUUGGCCAAUUGGAAGACGAAAGUUUGUGGCUACCGUUAUCAACAAAUGCAUCAGAUGUUUUCGGAUGAAGCCUAUCACUUGGGAGCACGUUAUGGGCAGCCUGUCAGCAAAUCGAGUUCAGCCUAACCCAGCAUUUCAUACCACGGAAGUGGAUUAUUGUGGACCAUUUUAUCAUAAGGCAGAGGCCCGCAACAAGGCGCCUCACAAGUGCUACAUCGCCGUCUUUCUCUGCUUCUCUACGAAGGACACGCAUUUGGAAGUCGUCCAGGAUCUCACAACGGAUUCUUUCAUAGCAGCGUUGAGAAGAUUCACCAGCCUGAGGGGCACUCCGCGCACUAUUUGGAGCUAA